AUGGCGAAAAAGGACAAGAAACGUGCCAGAGCCGCUGCCGGAGGCAUCACUGCCGCGGUGACUGAGCACGGUGCCGCCCAGUUCUCACUCGGUCAUGCUACCAGCACCGCCUCGAGCCAGAGCCAACCCACCUCGGACGCGUCGUCACCGCUCGAUACCCCGGAUCUCCAUCCCGCCGCGGUCUCAAAUGGCCACGCCGAGGUGUCGCCCAUGCUGGAUGCCAUAUCCGCCAGUACCGCGCCAAGCAUGGUGAACGAGUGGGCUCGUGGUGCCAUGGCCGGCUCUCCGGGCAAUCUCAUUAGUCUGAUGGGCGAGUCGCCUCCGACCCAGCCGUCCUCGUAUGAGGACUCUGGCCGCCUCCACCAAGGCUGGGGCCAGCGCAACUUCAUGACCCCGUCCCCGGCAUCCCCUUCCCCUCCUAACCGCCGACCGCUCAGCUACCACAUGGAUGCUCCGAUCCCGGCCGGCGAGACGCCUCCGCGCGGAGCAGGCGCUAGUGCUGGUAGGCCGACCUCGAUGCACUCGCCCUUCCCGCACGGUCGCCUGUCCGCGCAACCAGCACUCCCUCACCAGCCCCAGGCGCACUUCUACGGCGCUCCGGAUAUUGACAUUAAUUCGGGACCACAGACUGGACUCAAGGCCGGCGACGAGGGCCUCUAUUUUGGUUUCGACACCCUGCCCCGAUUGGAUGAUGUUUCUGCUGGCUCAGAUGACGUGGUACUGGCUGGAUUCAACGGUGGUCUGGACGUCUAUGUCAUUACCAAGAGAGGCCUGGAGCCUACUGCAUGUCUCAGAGGACUGCGUGGUACAGUGCAUGCCGCCAAAAUUUUGCCCUGGACGUUCGGUCCCAAGGACACCAUCGGACCCCUCAUUGCCGUGACCGUGCAUGGACCUGUGCUUCCGGCCCGUAAUACCGGUGAUGCAGCAACACAGGAUGCAUCAGACAAUCUCAGGAGAGAUGGCGGAGCCAGUCCGAGAUCGGUAACAACCUACCAGGAUGGCUUCAACCGGACAGGACCUAGCAUCGACUUUUACCAGACCACUGUCGAGGUUUAUUCCCUCAAAACAUCCAAGGCCGUCGAUUUACUUCUUGAGGCCCCAAGAAUCGCCGUCAACGCCGGAGUGUCUAUUGCGAGUACCCUUUUCAAACCUCCCUCGCCUAGUGGCGCUUUCACAAUCAAGGCAGACGGAGGAACCAUCUUGGUCUGCUCGGGUAACACAGGCGAGUGCUGGGCUUACACGCACCUUCCGGAGCCGCAAAAUGGCCAUGCCUUUGCCUGCAUUGGAAAACUGUGGACAUGUCUACAGCACAGUUAUCGGAGUGAAGUUGUCGAGGAGCCAGGUAAGGUCAUGCCGUCGACAGCCCAAGUCCGCUUCAAUCCUCAGACUCCCAUCGUCUCAAUCAAUGGUCGCUGGAUUGCCUAUUGUCCUGCGGCGCCCUCAUCGCAGACAUCUCUGCGUGCCCAUCUUCCUGUACCAAUUCUCGGCCGGGGCCCCGGUGCUGGAUCACUGGCGCCCCCUCAUGUACCCCAGUCAAGCCUGUCUGUAGAUUUGCCAAUUUCCGACAGCAUGGUGAACAAGAUCAUGCGAGAAACAACACAGGAGCUUAUUCAAGGAGCUAAAUGGGUUGGAAAACAGGGGCUCCAGGCGUGGAACGCAUAUUGGAACAAGGGUAACACUGCACAAACUCAGCAGCAACAAGCUCGAUCACCUCCUCAGCAGCUUUGGGCCGCCCCGCAGACUACCAAGCAAGAUGCAACACAGUUCCCGCCCACACACGGCACGAACGGAAACGUCGCAUCCAAGGAUCCAGGGCUAGUCUCCAUCAUUGAUAUCUUGGCACUACCUCUCUCCUCCACCGUUCAUCCGCUGGCCACCUUUGCGCCUCCCGGCGGCUGCAGCGUUUUGUCCUUCUCCCCUUCGUCCAUGAACUUAUUCACGGCCAGCACCAAGGGAGAUGUCCAAACGGUCUGGGACUUGUUAAGAAUUCAACAUACGCACUCUACUCCGCUUCAAGCAUCCGUCUCACCAAGCUCUAAUGUCGGAACGCUAGUGAGGCAGGUGGCGCAGUUUUCUCGCAUGACUGUCGCGCGCAUCGUUGACGUGUCCUGGACAGGACCUCAGGAAGACCACAUUGCAAUGGUGACUGAACGCGGUACUGUGCACCUUUUGGAUAUGCCAUUCAGUGCCUCCAUGUGGCCCCCGCCUCGCCGGCGUAAGAUUGCACCGACGGCUGGCGCCGAAUCGUCGGAGCCCACGAGUUCUGCCGUUUCGAUUGCGUCUGGAGCUAUCGGUGCUGCCUACCAAGCUGCAAAACCCUUUGUCGCUCGUUCCCGUCGCAGCAGUAGUAACAGUGCUGUGGUGACGACGAGCACAUUCAGGGACACAGCUGCGCAGGGUGGCCGAGUCAUUGCCGCUAGCAUUAGCAGCUCCUUCGGCAAGACUGGUUCCGCCAUCAACCAGCUUCGACACACCGGCGAGAACAGAGUCUCUCUGCCUUCAAUUUUGAGUCUGCCUUCUUCGCAGUGCAUCAGAUGGCACUCCACGCGCAAGUCACAGCACCUCUAUGCUCUCGGCGGCGGUAUUGUGCGAAAGUAUCCUAGCCGCAGUCGACGCGUCACUUCCAAGGAGAACAAGAGAUUGUCUCGCGCAAGUCGCUACAAGGAUAUGAACGUGCCCAUUCUUCCCCGCGAUCGGCUUGCGCCUAUCGUUCGGCGAUUUCUGGAUGGUGACAUCUCAGAGGACCACAUGGACCUGUCUGACCUGGAAAUGGAUGCGGGUAACACCAUGACUCUGAACCGCCACACUGCCAAGGCCAAGCGAAACAAGGGCAUGAUUUCUGCUAUUCCGCAGGCCGAGAUAGAGACUAGCGCACCAUAUCAACCCUUCCAUUCAGAUCGCCGGGUUGCUGUGCAUGAAUAUGCCAGAGAUGGACAGGUGGAGCCCGUGACGACGCUGCUCACGGACACUAGCCUCGACGAUGAUCAGCAAUCAUCCAAGAAGAAGAAGAACCGGCAGCCAAAAUCAUGCGCAAUUGGUGACUUGGAUACUAGUGUCUGGGCAUUUGGUCUCGAUAUUCCCACCAACAUGCUGGACAUGGGUAUCCUGGCGUCGGCAGACGAUGACUCGAAUGGCAUCGAUGAUAGUCAGGCGCUCCCGCCCUCUGCCAUGGAGAGACUUAUGCAGAUAGGUGACCAGGAGCAGAUUGUGGUGACAACAAGACGCCGCCGUGGUCGCCAUGGCGAGCCGGAUGAGGACGGGUUCUUCGAGGACGACUGCGAGGUGCUUGACUUUGCUGACCAAAGGGUUUAG